AUGGCUGUCGUCCUCAACGCCGCUGCCAACCUGGCUUCCCUAAAGCCCCGCAAUCAUGAAGCAGCCAACCAAGUGGCCAUCGAACAGUACAGCGAUGCCUCCGCCAAAGGCUACAAAAAGUCCAAGCUCGCAGCCUGGCGUCUCUACGGCGAGCGCCACUUGGCACAAAACAUGCUUGGCAACCUUGUUGGCUGCCGUGUCCUUGAUCUGGCCUGUGGCGAAGGCUUUUACACCCGCUUCCUCAAAAGUAACAUGGGCGUGGCCUCAGUCAUUGGUGUCGAUCUCGCCCCCGAUAUGAUCAAGCUGGCCCGCCAGGAGGAACAAGAGCGGCCUCUGGACAUUGAAUACAUCUGCGCUGACGCCGCCGACUUGAACCUCGACCAGCUUGGCCACAUUGACAUGUGCUUUGCCGCCUACCUCCUGAACUAUGCCCCUGACUACGACACCCUGUUGACCAUGUGCAAGAUGAUCUUUCGCCUCCUGCCUCCUGGUGGACGCUUUGCCACCAUCAACAACAACCCCAACGACGUCCAAGCUCAUCAUCCAGAGAUGCGCAAGUACUGCUUCACCAAGACUUGUGCUGAUCGCGUCCGAGUCGGAGGCACCGCCCCGCUGGCGCCCGGUGCCGUCAUCAAGUACCGCUUCUUUGCCACUUCUGCCACUUGUGAGGCAAUGUGCGAGAUCGACAACUACUUCCUCCCGACCACCCUCUACCAACAGGCGCUGGCUGAGGCCGGCUUUGAGAACAUCCAGUUCCAUCCUUACGUUGUGAGUUCAGAAGGCCAAAAGCGCAUGCCCGCGGGCUACUGGGACGAUAUCCUCGCAACCCAGCCUGUCAUUGGUCUCUCCGCCAACCGACCCAAGUAA